AUGCUUUUAAAGCAAUUUAUAGUUUUUAUAUCAAUAGUAACAUCAUUUACCUUUGCACUCACUAGUAAUCCGACCGUUUUAGGCUAUGAAAAAGGUGCUAUUUGUGGUCCAAUUUCACAGAGAAAAGGCAAAGGUUAUAUUAAAGUUGACGGUAGCAAAUUACCUCAAGAUUUUAAAUUACCUACCCUAAUAUUCCAUUACACUGAUCUUUUGAAUUUCACCAAUUUACCUAAUGUUGAGAAAUAUUUUGAUGAUUAUGCCAAGCAUGAAAUAUCAGAUUCUUUAUUUGACGAGAAUAACAGUAAAUUCAAUUUAAAAGUUGCUUCUGAUUUCAAAAUUGAUGAUGCUAAAUUGUACAAUGGGUAUACUGAUGCCAACAAAAAUGUGGAAUACAUUGUAUAUGAUACUGGUAUUUAUUGUGUUUAUAUUGGCAAACUUGAGGAUAAAAAGAUUCAUGUUCCCGUUGUUUUCAAAAAUUCUUAUGGUAACUUGACCUAUAUCGAGUACACUGUAUACUCACAAAUGAAAUAUGUUAUAGUGUUAGCCACAGGUUUAUUCAUAUACCUUUUGAAUUACAUCUUGAAGUUUAAAGUGGGUAGAGAUUUUAAAGAUUUGGAUUCAGUUUCCGUUAUUUCCAAAGCUGUUAUAUUUUUAGUGUUAUUGCCAUUUAUUCUUGUCAAUUCUUAUAUCUGGAUUGGGGCAUUUUUGGAAAAUAAUUUCUUUGAUUCUAGUAAAGACGCAAUGUUGAUGAAUUUGGCUAAACAAGGGGCACAGUUUUUGUCAAUUGCUUUUAAUACUUAUACAAUAUGUAUUCUAUUAUUAUUUUCCAUGGGGUAUGGAGUCAUAUAUUACCAUAAUGGGAAUUCACACCGAUACAGAUUAUUCCCUCAUCAGACUUUUGUCAGAAUAGUUGGUUUCUUCGUUACGAACUUGGUAGUCAUCUACAUCUAUUUGUUAUUACUCAAUGGAGCAAAAUCAGAUACACCGUUUUUAACAGGAUUUGAACAGCUUGAACCGCCAUCUUCAGGAAGUGCAAUAUUGAAUCUCUUUGCUGGAUUAACAGGGUUAUUUUCCAUCACUUGGUUUAUUUUAAUUGUUUACUUUUACUUUAGAACUAAAAAGACAAUUUCUCUUUUCCCUCCAGAUCCAAAUGACGAAGAUUCAACCCAAAGAGUGGUUUUAGCGUUCAAAAGAUCAAUUUUCAUAAUUUUGGUAUUGCCAAUAAUCGUUAUGUUUAUCGCUGGGUUUAUCAUCGCUUCAAAAGUUGUCAGUGGUAUAACAGAUUCCUUACCAGACUUCCCAUCAGGUGAUACUGCCAAUUAUGAUUCCGUCAUACAAAUACUAGCAUUGGAAAAAAGUAUGCAAGUUGCAGUUCUGCCAAUGUUAUUAUCUAAUUGGAUUUACUUUUUUGCCGCAGUUAUAGGGCUUUUUUUCAUUUGGAUAAAAGAUAACAAUGGUCUAAUCAUUGAUCGAAAUGUGGAUGAUCCAAUUGAAAAUGCCGAUGUUUCACAAUUCAACAUUAGCGAUGAAGAUUAG